UGCUUUACAGUUUUGAUGGUUUUCUGCGUACUUUUUGGCUUGCAGGCUAAUCUCAUUCAAUAUAGAAAUAUUAUUAUCGACUCAAAAUCUGGUGUGAGUGGAGCAGGGCGCGGUGCUAAGGAGGCAAAUUUGUACACUGAAAUUUCUGAAGGCAUUUAUUCUUAUGGGAUGACCAGGCAUCGCCAUGUUCCGGAAAUUGAACAGGGACUCUCCGAUGCUGCGCAUUCAAAAAUAACAAUCAGUUUCACUCCACACCUAAUGCCAAUGAACCGCGGAAUGCAAUCAACUAUAUAUGUGGAAAUGGCUGCUGGUGUAACAAUUGAGGAUUUAUACCAACAAUUGAAGAUAUCUUAUCAGGAUGAAGAAUUUGUUAUUUUGUUGGAGAGAGGAGUUGUCCCUCACACUCAUAAUGUUCGAGGAUCCAAUUAUAAUUUAAUAAAUGUCUUUGCUGAUCGAAUACCGGGAAGGGCAAUAAUUACUUCAGUUAUUGAUAAUCUUGUAAAGGGAGCAUCAGGUCAAGCUUUACAGAAUCUCAACAUCAUGUUGGGAUAUCCAGAAAAUACCGGGCUUCUUUACCAGCCCCUGUUUCCUUGAGAACUCGUUAUUUCCAUAUUCGGAAGAGUCCAAGCAUGAAAUUAUGUGCGGAGCAUCUCUGGGCAGUUCCUCACGGUUUCCGAGUUUUGCAGUGCAUAUAAGAAUAAUGAUGAAAGAUCAAAGACUAUUGUUAUCUCAUAUUAGAAAUAAUGUGUGUUUAUUCGAUGAACGAAGGAAAUAAUGUGCAUUUUUUGGGAUUAGAACACUCCUUUGAACGUAGGAUGCGCCGAUUUAAUGCAAGGUAGUUUGCUACUUGAGGGUGAACAUACUCUAAUGAAUGCAUGAGCGUGCAUGAUGAGCCACAUGAUAUUAUUGUUUGGA